AUGUUACGUUUCUCGAGAUCAAUUACUGACUGACCGAAUGAUCUCUACAUUUUUUUCUGUGGCUGAGGUAUUUAUAAUUUAAAAUUCAUACAUUCGAGAUUGUACCAGUAUAUAUAUAGUAAAGAUGCCAGCGUGAGACUUCAUUCGCGGAAGUGCUAUAUAAAUGCUAUAUAUACAGGUAUAUAAGAACCGUUUUAUUUCUUAAAAACUGACACACGAGGAACUACAUAUCGAAGUGGGGGUCAAAAGCUGGACUAAACUGCACUAGAGAGUGAUCAACUUUGUUCCCACGGUAGAGGGAAAAAACAAACACAAAGUAAUUACGACAACUGUAUUCAUUUGGAGGUCAGUCUGAAGGAGUCUCCUAAAGAUGGGCGCAGAACACCUUCAACCAAACAUGCGCGUAGCAAGUGGCAUGUUUUUUAUACUUUUUACCAUAACAGCGUACUGCGUUUAUUUGGAUUUCAAUGGACCGAGAGUGAAACUUGACAAUGUGUGGAUGACACGUAAUUCCAAUCGACACAUAGCAAGUGGUCGUUUUCGACGGUUGCAGAUAUGUAGUUUAGAUUUUCUACAGCAAUACUUGAUAAAAAACAAAAGGUUUCUCGGAAACGGAAAAUGGGUAAACGAAACAUGGCUGCCCAAAGAGUGCAUUUUUCCAAAAUUACUGAGCGAUGCUCAGCUUGGUUCAUGUUUAAAAAGGAAAAAGAUAAGGAAGAUAGGACAGACUGGUGAUUCUCAAUCGAUGAAAUAUAUGGCGGCUAUGAAACGGGGUGAAGGGAUUUUUAAGUGCAAGGAACUUAAAAGUGAAUCUAGAAGUAUAAGAACACCCACUCUGAGUUAUUUUAGCCCUCCUUUGGAUAUUAAAUCUAUCAGAGUGGCAAAGAGAGACUGUGGUGGGUGUGCUGGAGAGCUGGUUCGAUGCACAGCACCAAAUCUCAACGUCACUACAGACAUCGAAGUGUUAAUAACCGAAUUCACAAAGGACCACGAAAUAACCACAAAAAGAAACUUCUGGAAGGGUGAUUGUGAUAUCAGGCUGAAGAAUAUUAGCCAGAUUUAUUGCCAAGAGUCUGUGACAACGCAAGAAGUAUAUUUCCGCGAGUAUUGGCCGCUGUCAGGUUAUCCAGAUGUUAUUAACAUAUACGCUGUACAUGUACACGAGGCACAGAAACGUACGCCCCGUGAUUUUGCCCGUGAUUUUACUUGGUUCAUUGACCUCAUUGUCUCUGUUAUACCAAAAACAACUAAAAUAUUAUAUUGGAAUUCACCGCAUAUCGAUCCUUCAAAGCAACCAGUCAAAUGGAGGGAUGUUAAGAGCAACGAAUUCAUCAAGCAGCUAAAUGUAAUCAGCGCAUCUGUGAUUAGGAAAUGUAUUGUUGAAAAAAAUGCAACUAAUUUAUACCCCAUGUAUGACUUGUUUGAAAUUUCCAAAGACGUAUUGCACUGGAAUGGGGACGGUGUUCACUUUUACGCCUUAUGGUACCAGAAAGUCAUGUCAUUGUUCUGGGCCACGUUGUGUCAAAUAGAUAAUUCCUAG